AUGACAAAUGCAAGCCUGAUGAUGUCAUCAGUUCAGCAGUUCAUUAUUGUUGGCUUUCCAGGAUUUCAGGAUCAUGAAAGCAAAUUUCUGUUUUCUGUAAUAUUCUUGAUUGCCUACCUUUUCAUUUGCCUGGGGAACCUCAGCAUCUUUGGCACAUUCAUACUGGACGAAAAGCUUCACAAGCCCAUGUAUGCUCUGAUUUGUACUCUGGCAGUUUUAGACAUUACUUUUUCAUCUGUCACAGUUCCAAGUAUAGUGGCCGUUUUAAUGUUUGACAACAGAGUGAUAUCAUUUGCUGCUUGUUUUGCUCAAUUCUUUCUUUUCCAUUCUUUAGGUAGUUCACAGUCCCUUCUCCUUAUGCUGAUGGCAUAUGACAGAUUUGUGGCCAUUUGUAAUCCCCUUCUGUACCCCACCAUUAUGACCAACAAAGUAAUUCUAAAGCAGAUCACUCUGUGUUGGCUUGCAGGAUUCAUUAUACUCAUUAUCCCAUUCAUCUUGGCUCUCAGGUUACCCUUUUGUGGUCCUAAUAAAGUUAUGCAUAUCUAUUGUGACAUUGGCUCUGUGAUCAGACUGGCAUGUGCUGACAUUUCUGUUAACAGCAUUGUGACUUUGACCAUUGGGAUGUCUGUUAUGUUCAUCUCCUUGGCUUAUAUUUUGUAUUCCUACAUCCGCAUCAUCACAUCUGUGCUCAAAAUUGCCAGUUCUGAAGGACGUGCCAAGGCUUUCUCUACCUGCGGGACACACCUGAUAGUAAUUUUUAUCUUUUAUUUCAUUGCUGUGGGUGUUUAUAUUUCAUAUCGGAUCCCGGGAACUUCUGAAGAUGUGCGCAUAAUAACAGCCGCGCUACAGACCAUAAUUCCACCAUUACUGAACCCUGUUGUAUACUGCCUGAGAAACAAAGAGAUUAGAGACAGCUUUGUCAAAAUUGUAAAAAGGUGUAAACUUUCACCAUAG